AUGCCGCCUCGAAAGAGGAACCGGCCGGGCCUGGGCCUUCUGUGCUGCUUCGGGAGCAGUGAGCCUCCAGAGAUCAACCUGAAGGACAGUGUUCCCCUGCAGCUGCUGGAGUUCAGCGCCCCCAUGCCUCCGGCCGAGGAACUGCACGCUCGCUUCUCUGAGCUGGUGGUGAUGUUCGAGAUGGACACCUGCCGCCGGGAUCUGUGGUGA